GUUCUACUGGCAGCCCUACCAACCAUCUGUAUUAAUAUAUUCUAUGUAACAAACUGUCAUCACUCAUCAGUGUUACAGUAUAUUGUACAAUAUUUUCUGAUAAUUUCUCUUUUUUCGUCUUGCCUUAAAUACGAAAGUGAUUAAAACAUAUACAAAAGAAAAAUGUUAAGAUUUCGUCCCAAGUUGGGAACGGAGCGCAGUAAGGAGUGGCGUUGCUGUUUCUGUCUUCAUGUCCGCACUGGAACCAUCCUACUCGGCACAUGGCAUUUGCUGCUACACCUGGUAGCUCUAGGUUUCCUGGCAGCUAUUGUGCGUGACCCUAGUCUACUAGAUGAGUUGGAACGUGAUACGGCGCCAGUGGCUGACUGGAGCGACAUAGGGGCCGCGAUGCCUACUCCUCUGUCUAACGUCGAGACUCGUCCAAGCCCCUACCCACAACAUGGACCACAUCCUAGAGAUCAUAGCCUUAUAUAUCAUGAUGUGGAUGUGGGUGCGAUGGUUACAGUGUGUACACUGGCCAUCACACUCAUGCUGAUAUAUGGAGCUUCACGCGGCAAGCCGGCUCAUCUGCUGCCGUUCUUCUGCCUGCAAAUAUUUGACUUUGCGAUCACUGUCCUGACCGCGACCGGCUACCUGUGCUACCUGCGCUCCAUCCACCGCCUGGUGGCGGAGGCGCGCCGCGUGCCGUGGCGCGAGCAGCUGCUGUCGCUGCCCGCGCCCGCACUCGCGCUCGUCGUGCUCGCCACCUUCCUGUUCGCCGUGUUACUAAAGGGCUACUGCAUCAGCGUGGUGUGGCGAUGCUACAAGUACCUGACGAUGCGCACGCACGCGCUACACAGCCUCACGCCGUUCGUGAUCUCGAGCUCGGGCGCGCUGUCGCCGGGCGCGCCGCUGGCGCCGCCCGCGCCCGCGUACUCCAGCCUGCUGCCCGACUACGAGGAGGCCGUGAAGCAGACCCCGCCGCCCUCCUACCGCGCCGCCACGCUCAUGGCGGCCGCCGACCCCGUCGCCGCUAUUCCACCGUCUGCAGAGCAGAACCAACCCCUGUCCACUAACACGGUGGUGAUGCUUCCCCAGCAAGGCACACAAGCACGUGUCUGAAUCUCGUCGCCUUAAUCUACAUUCUUUCCGUGGAUUAUCAUUAAGCUGCAACUACACUAUGAAUUUCACGAUGCUAUAUUUAUAAACCCCUCAUUGUCAUAGGCUUCUAAGAGUAUUAUAUUUAAUGUGAAUUAAUAGCCUAAAAAAUAUGUGGGUCGAAAUUAACACAUUUGGUACUGAUAUCAAUGAAUCAUCUAUCAUGCCGUUUUUAGUGUAGUAAUAACUUAAUUUGUAUUUUUUUUUUCUUUUCGUUUCAUUUCAUUAUUUUGAUUCAUUUCAUUAAGUACGUUAAGUUAUUCCGUAGGGCUUUAUUAUAUCAACUUAAGAUUGUCACUCUUUUUCUCUUUAUCAAAGCUUACAUUUUUUUUCGUUAUUUAUAUCAUUUGCAACACUAAAGUAAAAUCUUAUUUUGCUAGUACAUGAAACGCCAUGUAUAUAUGGGAACAAAAACAAAAGUUUAACAGACUUUGAAUGUUCGCAUAAGCUUCGUCGGUUUUCGUUAAAUCAUUGUUUUCUGAAAAUAGGUAAAUUUGAAGUUAAAAUGAGAAAAUAGUUUUGAAGUAAAUUAGUAAGUACCUUAUAAUUAGUAAGAUGACGAUUAGAAAUUGAUUUUAGGAAACUUCAUUUAAUUGAAUUAAAAAUUAUUAUUUCCGUUUCAUUUUAUUUUAAAUUCUGCACUUUUUGAACAUAUGAAACUCAAACCCCUAUAUACUAUGAUUACAUAUGACAAACUGGUGAAAUAAGAUUCUAUUAGAGUUCGCUGCACAUUUGGAAAGUAUUUUAUAUUUAUUUGUUUAAAUUAUGAUACUUCUUAUCUUAUACUAAAAACAUUGAAAUAGUGCCAUUUGUUUUGUUUGAGAAUUUUUAUUUUAAAUAUUAAUAUUUCACUGAAAAAAUAUAAAUAAAUCAAUAACCACAUUCCACACAAAAAAAUCUAUUUUAUUAAUAUACCUGAAAAAAAAAAUCAUAUUGUUUGAAUAAAAACAUGACAUUAACAUUUUAUAAAGUAGAAUGAAUGUAGAAAAAGUUUUUAUAGAAAGUGUUGUUGUCUUUUGGACGAGGUUAUUAAUGAUCCCACCGACAGCAAUAUUCUGAAGUCAAUUUAUGUGAAUCUGACGUGCCGUCCGGUCCACUUUAAACUAAACUUUUUCAUAAUUAAACUUUUAGUUGAAAAUUUACAUGAAGUUUUUUUUAAAUAUUUUUUUGUUCAUUUAAACAACAAAUGUUAAUGUUUUGUUUUACAAAGCCUAAAAAUAUUUUAUAUUCGAAAUUUAAAGAGCUUAGACAUAUUAAUAUUGACAAAUCAAAAUUGAAUAACGUAGAAACUAGUUGUGUUGAUUAGAAUGCUAAUUUGACAAAAUUGGCACUUUAUGCAAAACCUACUUAUUUUAAUCUGUAGUUACCUCGUACAUAAUAUGUAAGAAUUUGUAUUGAAUAUAUAUUGAAUAUAAUAUCUGGUGUAUAACUUCUUAAGUUCUUAGAGAAUUCGUUCAGAGUCGAACUAAUAUUAUGUCUAAGAGCCAGGGAACAUAAGAUAUAACUAAACCGUUAGAAUAGUAGGGGGGGCUUAAAUAUCAAAAGUUAACUUUUGAUCUGUGGGUAAUUCAAGUAAUUGUAUCUCGUUAAAAGAUAAAUCUGAAUUUUUAAGUAGCUUGAAUUUCUGGACGUAUUCAAGACAAAAUCGUCAAUCGAGGUGUUUUUAUAUAGUAACAAGUUUAUAUGUAAGGCUAAUCAUGAAUGAUUUCGAAACGGCAUGGAAUGUACAAAUUUACAUGAGUUGUAAAUAAUCAAAAAUAAUUAUACGCUGACUAAUGUACUUACGUAUUGUAAGUGAUUACCAAAACAAUGCUAGAGUAUAAGAAAUUAUUUACGAAAAAAUCUAUAUUCUGUUUACAUGUGUGCCAGUAAGCGUUUUAUAAAUUAUUUUUGUGCUAUCGAAACUUAUAUAUGUUUAAAAUAACAUUUUAAAUCGUCUUGUUAGAAUAGUAUGUUGAAAAACAAGUUGGUGUGUAAUCAUAUUAUUACUAAGCACUAAAUUAGCGACGAAUGUGCGAUAUAUUUUAUUCUGAAAUAAAUAAAACAUAGACUGUAA